AUGUCGAGGUUUCCAAAGAUCACCAACACCUACUUCAUGGCUAUUAUAGCCACAGUGGGUGGUAUGCUCUUUGGUUUCGAUAUCUCAUCCAUGUCCGCCAUUGUCAUUACCAAUCAAUAUAUCGAAUAUUUCAACAAUCCGUCUGGUCUUGUUCAAGGUGCCAUUGGAUCUGCCCUCGCGGCUGGAUCUGUGGUUGGUAGUUUGAUGGCCGGUCCUAUAUCUGACAAAUGGGGUCGCCGUGAUAGUAUUAUGUUUGCUUGUAUCUGGUGGCUCGCUGGAACUGCGGUUCAAGUUGCUACUACCGGUGUUGGUUCGUUAAUCGCUGGCCGAGUCUUGAAUGGCGUCUGUGUCGGCAUAACCUCCUCUCAAGUCCCGGUCUAUCUAGCUGAGAUUGCUCCACGAGACACUCGAGGCCGCAUUAUCAUCAUCCAACAGCUUGCCAUUGAAUGGGGUAUCUUGAUCAUGUACUUCAUCGGUUACGGAUGCUCCAAGAUCGAAGGCACGGCUUCUUUCCGAACUGCUUGGGGAACACAAUUCAUUCCCUGCGUCUUGCUGAUGUGUGGCCUUCCUUUCCUUCCCAGGUCGCCCCGAUGGCUGGCUAAAGUCGGUCGUGAGCAAGAAGCCAUCCAGACCCUGGCCGACAUCCAAGCUGGUGGCAACAAGGAUGAUCCUCUUGUGAUUGCUGAGUGGCAGGAAAUCUUCACCGUCCUCGCCGCAGAACGCGAGACGGUUGGAGGAUGGAGAGGAUUCUUCAUGAAUGGCAUGUGGAAGCGAACCCUAGCGGGAAUGAGCGUACAAGCUUGGCAGCAAUUGUCAGGUGCCAACGUUAUCGUCUACUAUAUCGGAUACGUGUUUUUGAUGGCGGAUCUUGAGGGAGACAUCAACCUGAUUUCUUCUGGCAUCCAGUAUGCACUCUUCAUCAUUUUCACUACCAUCAUGUUCUUCUUCAUCGAUAAGACUGGUCGUCGUACCCUCCUGGUUGCCGGUGCCAUAGGUAUGGCUGUAUGCCACUUUGUCGUCGGUGGCCUUCUUGGCACUUACAGUGUCGAUGUCCCGGAAGGUGUCGGUGGCAAUCACAACGUUGUCAUUAAAGUCUCCGGCUCUCCUGCGCACGGUGUCAUCGCUUUCAGUUAUCUGCUCAUCAUCGUCUAUGCGUUGACCUUAGCGCCUGUCGCUUGGGUCUACGCAGCAGAGGUUUGGUCGCUCGGAACCCGUGCGACUGGAAUGUCUCUGGCUGCUGUAGCCAACUGGGUGUUCAACUUCGCUCUGGGUCUCUUUACCCCUCCAGCGUUCCUCAAUAUCAAGUACAAGGUGUUCAUCAUCUUUGGUGUCCUUUGCAUAGGAGCUGCUAUUCAAGCUUGGUUUACAUACCCCGAAACGUGCGGCAAGACCAUCGAAGAAAUCGAAACGCUUUUCGCCAAGGGCGCUCCGGCCGCAUGGAAAACUAAGAAGGGUGGAUCUCGUCUUGAAGCUGAAAUCGAGGCUGUGCUGAACCGCAAAGAACGAGGCGAGGCCGUUCAUGCGGAAGUUCAUACAAGCCUAGAAAAGACGGCGACAAGCGAGGUGGCGAAGGAGACGAUCUAG